UACAGCAAUAUUCAAAUCGAUGUUCGAUCAAGCCACAAAUAUGGGCGAUGAGAUCGCCGAGGACCGCAACAACCACCGCCGUGGAUCCAACUCUCAGUGUCGUGACGGGAUAGACAAAUGCCAUACCGAACUUGGGAGCAGGUCGCCGGUUCAGAGCACAACCAAUACCCCGGGUACAUCUGCUUCCACCCCGACCUCCUCCAGUGAAGACGGACAUGAUAAACUUUUAGGAGUGGAUCCAGACUACUGCCGGAGGAUUUUAGUUCGAGGUUAGUAACGAAAUAUUAUUUUACUGAACAGAACCAGGGGUUUAUACUUCUUAAGAUUUGAGAAUUCCCAUUAAAUUCAUUUAAUAUAUUUAAUGCAUUUGCAGAUAUACCACUAUUGUAAUUACAACUAAUAUUAGCCUAAUUCUACAACAACAACUACUACAACUAGGCUACUAGGCCAUAUUACUACACUGCUACUACUACUAGAAUGCUUUUAAGCUUACAAAUAAGCAAAUAGUUGCAGUGAUUUAUUGUAAAUAAAAUAAAAUAAGGUAUUUCAUAUGCAGAUGAAGAUAUAAUACUAUAUAUGUCCAAUAUACUUAAAAAUGAAAAUAUAGCUAGCCUAUAUUCUGACAACAGCUUUUUUUUAUGACUCCUGAUACCUUUUUGGAACAAAUCUGCAAUAAUUAGGGGGAAAAAAUGCUAACUAUAUUUAAAUAAGUUGUGAACAUCUGAGAUUAAAAUGUACAGUAGAGUUUAGAGAUCAUGAUAACAUAUACUAAUAGCAGUAGCUGCUUUGUACUAUAUGAAUCAACAAAUGAUUCAGUAAUUAUUGGCAAACAAAAUACUUUUAAAAAACACAAACCAUCAUGUGUAUGUCUGUGUGUGUUUAUUCAUGGCCAUGUUGUUAUUUUUGUUUGAGUUAAGGUAUUAUUACUAAAAAUGAAGAAAUAAUGUUGUCCACGCCCUCUUUGUUUAAAAGAAAGGGAGCCCCACCUUUCUAGGCCUAUUGCCAUCUUUGCAUGGAAUUCUCCAAAAUAUGUAGACCCACUUAAUAGUUAUUUUAAUAAUAUAUAUAUUUUUUGUGGUUCUUAGGAUCUACAAACUUCUUUAAAAAAUGAGUUGCGAAUGGAACAAAAUAUAAGCUACUAUUUUCAAUUUCUAAAUAUAUAAUUGUGUAAUUAGGGGCCUACUUUAUGGGUGAAUCACACAACUGAUAUCUCCAUAGUUUAUUUCAGCAUGUCCAAAUAUCUUGUAAUUGUAUGCGGCCAUGAUGGUAAUAAUGGUUCAAUAGUUUGUAGUAAAUUAUUACAAUAAUCAUUGUGGAAGGGAGGGGGAGAUCCCCUCAACAACAUUCCCUUCUUAUAACAAAACAACGCCAUGCCAUAUUUGGUAUAUUACCAGUUACCUUCCUAAUGCUUAUUAAAAUAUAGUAAAAUAUUUCCAGGAGUAUGUAUUUGCAGAAAUAAAUUAUAUUUAAAAGAAGAAACUAUUUGUAAAACAUGUCAAAUGGUUAAAGGUGUGAGCAAAAUGAUAUACAAUACUUAUUACAUGUCUAAUAGGCUAUAGUAGUAAUAAGCUAUGUGACUGACUGACUUAGAAUACAAUUAAUUGAAUGCAACUCAAUGGUUUUGGUCAGAAUGUAAUGACAUCUCUUUGCACUGCUGUUUAAUCAGGGUUGUAAAAUGCAUUCUAAUGUCAAUGUCAACAAACCCCAAAGAAUACAGGAUAUUUUUUUUGUGUGGAAGAUUAUCCUUAGUGAGAAAAUAUAACAAUUAUGAAAAUGGCUUUCUAAAUAAAUAGUCAUAGUAAGCAGGAAAAAAAACAUUUUAUUUAAGUUUAUUUUGAAACUUUUGAACUUGUAAGCCUAUUCAUAAUAAUCAAGUUGACCACUUAUUUCUAAAAUAGCAUAUCCAUGCCCCUUACCCGGAUAGUUUUCACACCAAUGUGGGAUGCAUAUUUGUCAUGGAUACUAUAACACCCCAUAUCAGUUAAUCACAAAACUAUUAGCCUACAGAAGCACAGAUAAUAUCAAUUUCCCUUCUUACAAAAUGUUCCCCCCUAUUUGUGCACAUUUUAUUUUCACCAAUUGUAUAAAUGAACCUUUCAUUUGAACAACAAAUAAUCAAACACAUCACCUACUGGAAAGCUCUACAUAAUUGAAUGUUUGCGCGUGCCCGGGCCCUAAAACAGUGCAGUUGGUGGGGGCUGAAUAUGAACAGAAAGCCCGGUAAUUGUAGCAGUGAACGGCCUCGGCAGUUGUGGUGUGGUGAGGGCGAGCUGAGCGCUUUUGGCAGAGUUGCUCGGGACACCAAGCUCGCAAUACCCCGUGUCACUAUUUGUUUUUCAAGCUGACGAUUGCGCUGGGUAACUCGUGAGAAACUGAGGUCAGAGAAAGGUCAGGUGUACAAAGUCGCAAAGUCUCGAUGUGCGUGCAAACCGUUUGAAAGGCCCUACUGCAAAGUUGUACAUUUAGAGUAUUUUAAUCUAGGGUAUUAUGAAUGAGUAGAUUAUGUUUAAUUGGACAUUAUAAAUAUUCACAAUGUUGGAAUGCGUCUCUGUAGCUCUUGCUGACACCAUGCAUGCUUGCAUUGAAGUUAGACAAGCUAUACGCAGAGACCGUGCUGCAUAGGCCCUAUAGAUGCUAUUUCCUCAUGACAUUUGCAAUAUAUAGGCUGUAGUCAAUGGAUAAACCACUUGAAAUAGUAUACGGUGGUUACGCAUGAUGCAGUAGGCCUAUAUAAUGUUCCAUUCUGUCAAGGAAUUAAGAUUUCUAUAUCUUCUAUAACUUUGAUUCAAUUUAAGUUUUGCUGAGGAAUUGAAAUAUAUUUAGACGCAACAUUAUUCGACAGAUAGAGGCUACUGCCUCCUUUGGCAGUUAUAUUUUAUUGUGCGACCCAGCUUGGUUAGUCUAAAUGUUUUGCACUUAGUUGAUUUUUGGUAUUGCAUAAAUAGUAUAUUUUCCAUAGCGAGACUUGCUAUAGGCAUAUUCCAUACUUGUAUAUAAAAACACACAUUUCAUGAUAUUUUAUUGAACAAAACGAUUUCACGUUGUCCCAUAAAUUGCAGUAUUAAACGGUGUGUACUGAUGCAUCAACUAGCCGGUUACACUAUAUUCUCCAGGGUGGGUUUUAGGACGCAUGCCAAAUGCAGAGGUAUAUUUGAAAUAUAACUCUGAGAACAUGCUCUCCAAAAAUGUAGGCCUACUCGCGCUGAGGCAGACAAUGCACGUAAUAUUUAGUUAAAUUAGGUACUGGUAGGCCUGUAAUUUAGUAAUGGGAUAGGGAUGUAUCUUUCAGUUCUCAUUGUUCUGGCUAUACCUUUUUUGGAAUAUUCCCCAAACACGGCCAAAAAGCACGCUACUAUAGUGACUGUGUCAAACCUCGAGGUAGCCUAUUCCAAAAUAUUUAAUUUGAAUGUUAUACCUUACUUAAGUCCAGUUCCAUUACAUACUGCAGCAUAGCCUACUCUCAGUUGAAAAAUUGAAUAACUAUUCUAAGGCAUUUUACGCGUAACAUAUAUCUAACCAACUGAUAUGCCUAUUAUCUCUGUGAGGUGCAUUGAGUUUUAUUUACGGAUAUUGUGAUUCUUAAAAUAUAUUAUCCAUCUAUUACUCCUGCCCUUUCUGUAUUUAUUUUACUACAAACUUGACUAGCAUAUAUUUCCAAGAAAGACAACUACAUGUCAAUGUCCUCAUACUGAAAACAACGAUCACUUCAAGAGGUUAUUCUUAUAUAGCGUAGGAGCACAAUGUUUAACAAUAUUUUCCUGGUCAGUCCAAAAAAUAAUUUACAUUUUAGUCAUUUAGCAGACGCUCUUAUCCAGAUCGACUUACAGUUAGUGAGUGAAUACAUUAUUAUUAUUAUUUUUUCCAUACUGGACCCCCGUGGGAAACAAACCCACAACCCUGGCGUUGCAAACGCCAUGCUCUACCAACUGAGCUACACAGGACUAAUGACAUUGGUAGGCUACGAGAGUAUAUGCAAUUGUAAUAAGACAAUUUUUCUAACUAUGGGGCAUUUCACACACCGUGUCUGGCUGUAUAUCCACAGAUGCCAAGGGCACCAUCCGUGAGAUCGUGUUGCCAAAGGGUCUGGACCUCGACAGGCCAAAACGCACGCGGACAUCCUUUACCGCAGAGCAGCUCUACCGGCUCGAGCUCGACUUCCAGCGCUGCCAGUAUGUAGUCGGCCGCGAGCGCACUGAGCUGGCGAGGCAGCUGAACCUGUCCGAAACACAGGUAAGAAACAGACAUAAUUUGACAGUGUAG